AAUCAACACGAAGAGGAACAAAAAAGAAAAAAAACUAAAAAAAACACCCCCAGUCGUACAAAAGCAAACCAGAUCUCUGUACUUCGAAGUAAGUGGUCAAUGGAAUUUUCAUUUAGUAGCGGCAAUUGUUCAAUAUUCUCCCUGUGCUCACUUUCGACUUCGUAUUAUCGAUUCUCAUUUUCCAAAACAGCGCAAAUGCAAGCCGGCAGAUAUGUAUCAAAAUUAUAACGACGUGUACACUCCAUCGGUCCUUGCUCCGACGCUUGACUGGAAUUUCAAUCGCGGUUUAUCCACGUCAUCGAAAGCCCUUGGUAAUUCCAGAUUUCCUACUAUGCUCUCGGUUUUUAACGAACCCAGCAAGAAAAUCUUUGCGACUGCGCAGCUUGAAAUUAACGCUACAACUGUCAGUGAUAUCGAAAAUGGCGAUCCUAUUCAGUAUCUCCAGUACGACGGAAGCAAUCUCGCAAACCAAGAUACUUCAUCAGAAACGACUGCGAUUACCAAUCUCAUGGAAUAUACCCAGGAUGCGGACACUCAGAUAUAUUAUCCAAUCGAUGAUGGCAAUUCCUACAUUUACAGUUUGGUUGGUCUCCAAAACGGACAAGUAAAUCUUUGCCAAGUUUUCAUGGGUUCUGAGGUUGAGUGGACCACCUCAUGUUGGUUCACAAUCGAAGACCUUGGAGAUGCCAUCGCAGAUAUGCUGUACAUUCCACAAGUAAGUACACUAAAUCAGCAACCAAGACGUUUGGCGCAACAUUUCGACUACUCAAUUUAUAAUCUUACACCACUGAUCUCAUUCUUCAAAACUUCUGAAAGGUAAACAUAGUAAUCAUGCUCACGGUCAAGAACGUUAUGGUGGUCUAUAAUGUAUCUUGGAGCAACAGUGUGCCCACUUUGACUUAUUUUGGUCAGAAGAGUACGUUCAACGAGCAUGUUUCCGAGUUUCAUCCUUUGAUUGAUCCCGCUAAUGAAUUGAUUUUUUUCAUUUUCUCCGCUUAAAGAUGAUCUCUCUGAAUGCUACGAUGGAAGUUCCGCUGACAGUGAGGACAAAAAAGAAAGCGGCUGCCACGAGCUUCCAUCCCCUCGUUCUUUGAGCGGUCUUUUUGUUGAUGAAAACAACAUCUUCGUCUAUUUAUGCGCGCCCCAAGGACUCUUGGCGUUCCAACUCUAUACUUGGGGAACUAAUCCUCUCGUAAACGUUCAAGGCUCCGACAAUGAUUGGAUUGGCACUGACUUCUGCGUCCAGAGCGUUCCCACCCCAUACGGCCUUUACUUGCAUAACCAGAUGGAAGUCCUAUUCUUGCCUUUUGUACAGUAUGAUCCGGCGAAGGACUCUUCAAUCCCUCCUUAUGCAAUGUUUGGGAAUGCAAACCCCGAGAUUUAUCUUGUCUACCGACGUCUCACGCCAACAGACGAUGUCGGUAGCUCACAUUCCAACGAUAGUGGGGAAGAUACGUUUGACUUGAUUACGUCUAUUGUAAGUUCUCCCUCGUGGUAAAAUCGACACCGAAAAGAACGAAAGAAAGACGAACGUUCUAUCUCAACACCUUUCGUUCAUGCUGUCCCAUAGGCGUUUUCCCCAAACACGAACAAUGUGGUAAGUGGUCGAAGCCACGUUACAGGCAAUAUGCAAAGCUUUUACGAAGGAGGUGCUCUCGUCAUCGCCACGAUUCGAUACGAUGACACCGUUGUAGGAACCACAAAGUGCCUUAGCGGAAAAUUCAACAAGGAUGACGCUACUCCCUCCUACAGCAGCACUUGUCCCGGUUCGAUUGUUUUGAACGAUAUUUGUGCCCAAGGCAAAAACAACGAAUUCAUCAACGACCUCAUCGAUGGACCUGCCUAUGGCUUACAGGUAGAUAACAACAUGAAUAUCCUCACCCAAAAUGGGCAGGGUGGUAUUUCUUUCUUUUCGGUCGGCUACUUGCCCGGUAUGGCGCAAGAUGGAGUCUUUUUGGCAAAUUUAGUAAGUCCUCGCAAGGCUCUAAUUGAUUUAUUGAACUGAUUCCAAAGUUCCGAUUACGGUCUCUCAUUCUCCUAUCCUUUGUUGUGCUCAAUGUAGGUCAAUCCAUGCAGUGGUUCCAAAAUUAAAACUAUCCUUGCGGCUGUUUUGGCGGCUGCUGCAUUGAUUAUAGGUUGUGUUGCUUUCCUUCCUGCAUUGGCUGGAACAGCAGCAGCUACUGCGCUUGCUGCUACAAGCCUUGCAGCCGGAACGGUGCGUAGUGAGAUUCCUUUCUGAUGAGAUCAGAGAAGAGAGGAACAGAAUGUUGCACGCUCUCGAUAUCGUUCUUUCUGUCAAGUUUUGCUAAACUGAAUGUUCUUCUAUUUGUUUUGACCGUGCAUCGUGCUUGUGUUAGGCCGGAGCUGUUGUCCCGUUCGUCUAAAUCUUUCGGUCGACGAAAAUCAGAAGUGCAAAAAAAAAAGGACAAACAAGUCG